AAAUGAGUUCGUUUGAAAAGAGGAAAGUAAGGCAUUCAAAUGUCAGAUUUUCCGUUGAAACAGUGAUUUUUAUCUACCGGUGCGGGCGGCCCAAGCAGAGACGGUGUGUUGAAAACGCUGCAAAGCCUGGUCAUCCUGAUCUUUUUGCAACGGCAGGCCCUAGAAAAUCUUUUGCACAUUUAAAAAAUUCUAGCCCUGUUUUCACAAGUCACUUUUACAAUUUCACACAGUUCCACACAAAGAUAUCGCCACUGGUUUGUUUUAAUUAAAUCAUGUAGCUAGCUGUCGUGUAGAAGCGAUAUACAGAAGAUAUUGCGUGCACAGACGAAAUUACGUUUAAUUCUGCAGACGAUAUUUUCUGUAUAAAAGUCAUAACUGCGGCAUCGAAAUCGACAUCUUAUAAUACAACUGUUCGAAUAUUAAUCGGUUUAAAUCUCCCAGUAACUGGUUAAUCUGUCGCAGUUGGAGUUAGGCUAAAUUAUAGAUGAGCACACAGGUAAGAAGGAUGAUUCAAAGUAUAAUAGAUGGGAGUCAUUUUACAAUCAUCUGCUUAUAUAUAUUGACUUUACAACGACACAAUGUUACAAAGUAACAUCACUCCUAGCAUAUAUUAUGCACAAACAGAUUAGCAUCCGAAACUUCAUAUUGAUCUAUUGUUACAAUAAAUUAAUUAAAGCUGAGGAAAUUGGAGUGGAGACACAUUGUUUUUUAUAAGCUUGCUAUUCAGUAUGUUAAUGUAUAGGUGUUCGUAUUCACUUCCAAUAGAGAUGAUCUCCUAAUUUUCUUUGCAUAUCUCAAACAGCUCUAAGUUCUGAUAUCCUCAGUUAUCUUUUGGUAAUGUUCUUGUCUGCAUCCAUAUUCUUCUUGAUUAUUUUUGCAUUAUAUCUACGGCCUCUUUUCUAAUACUCACCGUAGGCCCUUCACUAGCAUCAAAGCCACCAACAAGACGUCUGUAAGCCUCACUGCCCAAAUAUGAUCAUGGCGCUAGAAAGAUUUCUAGAUGGUGUCGGGGAUUCUCCCGAGGAGAAUUGCGAGGCAUAUUAAAACGGGAUUUAUUAAAACAGGAGCACGGUGUUUUUAUAACACCUAUAAAAUCGCUGAGCACAUAGUUUAGUAUUACUGGCGAUUUUGAGCAGGUAGAUUUGAACUCAGCAGUGAUGCAACAUCGCCCCAUAGUGGAAAGAAUGAGCUUUACAUUUUUCCUUUUAGAUGACUACACCACCGUUAUGAUGGACCGUUUCAAAAAUGUUGGCAGAAUUACCUAUAAUUUAACACGAAGAGACUUUUCAUGGGAUUUUGUAGACCUUCGUGGUCAGCAUGGAUGAUGGAGAGAUGCGAAUUUCUCACCAAAUGACGAGGGCUUCUAAAGUUUCGGGGGCGAAAAGCCUCUGCGAUACUCGUGACAUAUCUGGCUUUACUAAUAGAGGAAUGGUAACUGAAGGUUUAUAACUGUUGUUUAUUAUUUAUCAUCAACUGUCGCCGAAAACACCGUCACUUCAGUAACCCUUACUAGGAUAGAAGUUUAGGACCCAGCAGUCCAGUGGCUGGGUGGGCGGAGUCCCACUUGAUUGACAUAAUUUUCUGGAGGCACGGCAAACGAGUAAUCUGGCGAAUUGACCACAACCGCGCCGCCUCGCUCGCCACCGUCGUUUUUAACGAAAAUUCCGACCGAAGUUGUCAAUCGUUUCUUAUCGAAUGUAUAACCAGCAGUUAGCGGACGAUAUCGGUGGAUUCACAUUACUGAUGCUCGUCCAACAGACCGUCUUUCGGAGUUGAUCAUGCUUACGAUGAAGCCGCCUGUACGCGCGGCGGAGGAGGGAGACGACACGUUUGAAGGCAAACAACAGGAAAACGGCGAGUGCGGGUUCCACCCGUUUAAUUCGUCGUUAAACACGGCCACUUGCAACGGAUCUGACGAGCCGGCCAGGAGCCCGGGGCAUCCUCCUCGACUCGAUAAGGAGGCGGUAUUCGAGUGGUUCGGCUUACACCUUAGCCCGGCGAAACGAGUGGAGUUCAUGUGCGGGCUCCUCCAUAUGUGCCAGCCGCUGGAGCUCCGCUUCCUGGGCUCCUGCCUCGAGGACCUUGCGCGGAAAGACUUCCACGUCCUGCGGGACUUCGAGUCGCGGGCGAACAGUCCGACCGACCUGGGGCUGCUGAUGGACGUUCGCGACCCCGUCGUGCUUUCGAGACUGCUGGUCUAUUUGUCCCUUCUGGGAUCCAAAAACAGGGAGUGCGCAGGGAUACUGUAUCGGACGUUGAGCCAUGUCGACGCUUUGCACUUGAGGAACUGCGGGGUCGCUUGCCCACAUGGACUUCCCAGGCACCACCACCCCGUCCACAAUCGCCGUGAGAGCGCGGGGGACGCCACCGCCAGAUCGGAGCUGUUGAGCAUGUCGGAGCCGGUGUCUCUGGAGCAGUUGGCGUUGCUCUUCACCAUGGCCUCACUACACCCGGCGUUCACUUUCCAUCAGAGGGAGGUCGUCCGGACGCGGCUAGAGAACGUCGACGCUCUGAUCGAGGAACGGAAGAGACCUCAAACAUUGCGGGACCAGCUUUCCCGGCCAGACUACCUUUGCCCCCACGCCGACGGCAGCCGAACGUGGUCAUCGUGUGCUGGUCCGGUCCGGCACCUCAACAGCACACCCCAGAGGCAAGUGGUGCACAUUGAAAAGGUCACCCUCAAGGAGAUCUCGCUGGGAGCAGACCGCGGACAGUUCAGUUUCGAGGUGCAGUGGUCGGACUCCACGUCUACCGUGGUGAGCAAAAGUCGCCGCGAGCUGCAGGAGUUUCUGCUGAAGCUGUGUAAAGAACAGGGUACAGAGGGCUUCCAGCAAGGCAUUGUGGGACUGCUGAGUCAGCCUGACGGGGAUCCUAGGGCACUGGAGAGAACACUCAGGGAGCUGUUCUGGGCCGUGCCGCAGGAGUUCCUGCGGACGUGCCAGCUCUCGGGGUUCUUCCCGCCUCAGACGCCAUCCCUGCACUGCAGCCACUGUAACAACGCACCUGCAGCCAGAACACGCCAGCCGGCUCCCCGAUUCUCAGAGGACUGCUCAGAGACCUCCAGUCUGGAGGAGGAUGUUGAGGCAUAUAGGCUUUCCUGUUCGAGGAGCCACAAUGUCAGGAACACAGGUUAUGGGAGGGCGUACCCCGAUGGCAGCCAGCGGGAGUGCGGCAGGAGGAGCCUCCACGCCGAGUUGAACGGGGAGGUGGCUGGACGGAGACGCAGCUCCCCACAGUGCAGGACCGACCCAGACCAGGACUAUGCCAACCCGGCAGUGUGUGUGUUGGCUCAGAACAGCACAGAGGAGAGGACCUCUCUGAAGACCAAAGGGAGACCGGCAGGCAAAAGGGACCGAAGUAGGAGAGGUCUGCCCGGGAAAGGCUCCAUCGCCAAUGGCAACCUGAGAACACCUGCAUUACAGAUGAUGGGCCAGGCUACAAGCAGGGAUGUGUAUGGAGACACGUCGUCUGAAAGCUCCAACUCUGUGCCGUCCAGCCCGGUUCACCAGCAGCCACAAGAUACAGAGAGUCAGUCGGAUAACUCCACCCAGGAACCGGCCAACAAGCCCCACCUCCCCAAGAGUCUGGGAAGGAAAGCGGUUGCCAUGGUGAACCCGCUGAAGGCGGAGCCCGAGCAGGCGGGGGCAGAGCCGGCCCUAAACCCCUGCCUCUCCUAUGCCCUGCAGUACAGCCCCGCCCCCAGAGAGGCAGACAAACCUGGAGAGAGCAAGCUCACCGUCACCCCGCUGACCAAGCAGGAGAGGAGAGCGGGCCGCUCCGCCUCUAGAGACCCCGCGGAGCCGCCUGCCGUCCCCCAGAAGCAGCAGCUCCCCCUGGGGGCCAUCAGCGUGCUGUCGCCCUCCCAGUGCCCGCUGCAGCCCGCCGGCCCCGAGCUAACGCAGGCUGCCGCGUCUGCAGGGAAGCCGUGUCCCAAGACUGCCGCCCAGCCCCUCCCACCGCCGCACACCUCCAGCGCCUGCUCGAGCCAGGCCCCACCUCCUGUCGGCGUGCCCGUCCAGACGCCCGGUCCGGGGCUGCCGCUGCCCGGCGCCCUCCCCCACGGCGUGGCCCCGGGCGAACCCGCCGCCUACGUGGGCCCCGUCGCGCCGCAACCGCAGCCGGGCUGCAACGCCUGCGGUUGCCGCGGAAGCUGCGGCGGGGGCAACGCCCACCAGUCCACCAGCUUCUACCUGGCGCCCCACGCUGCCCGCCAGGUGUUCGCCCCGCCGGCGCCCUUCUUCCACGUGGCGCCCUCGCUGGGCGCCGCCCCCUUUCCUGGCCAGGCACACCAGAGCAACGGCACGCCGCUGUCCUUCUACACCCACGCCUCGCCCGCUGCCGCAGCUGCUUUCGCCGCCGGCGCCCUCCUCCACGCCCACGCCGACCACCUGCUGGCCGCCCAGCCGGGCUACGGCCUGCCGCAGGCGGGGCCGUUCGGCCGCUUUUACCCGCCCGUCUUCCCGUCGGCGGGCGCGGUACCUGGAGGGGCGGGGCCCAAGAAGGGCGGAGCCGGGUCCUGCUACAACUGCGGCGUGAGCGGCCACUACGCCCAGGACUGCAAGCAGCCGUCCAUGGACGCCGGGCAGCCAGGUGGCUUCCGGCUUAAGUACGUUGUCCCCCACUCUUCGGAAGCGCUAGACAAACCUGACUGACAGCGAGCAGAGGCCCGAGGAAAAUCUCUGUUCUCCAGCCAUUCCCUAUAUUAAAGACGCCAGGCCCCCCUUGAUAAAGCGAUGGCAUUUCUGUGUCCUUUGUGUCGGCCGUCUUUAAAAGCUCAGAGGCAGACUGGAAGAACCUGCCCUAAACGAGUGCAGCGCCAUCUCUCUCCCCAUUUUUCCAACAUGGUCUCACUCAUUCAUGACACUGCAGGAGUAAGUAAAGGUGGACGUGGGUGUCUGUGUGCAGAUUCUGUAAUGUUUUUAGUGCUCGACUGGGUUGGAUGACCGGAGUAUUUUGUUGUAUAUUCACAAUGCUUCCAUGUUUUAUUUAGUCAAAAGAUGUUUAUCUCUCUGGAUUUCAGCUAGUUGGGGGGAGGUGUGUGUGUGUAAAAUCUGAUGCCAAUACUCAUACUAAGUACUGGUCUUGAGUACUUGGUCUCCUCUACUUUUUGAAAUGGACAACUUUUAUACAGCCAUUAAGAAAGAGUUAAAAUAAUUUUAUACUUGCUAUGAGCAGCUAUGAAGAGCUUAAGUUUAUUUACCAUUUAUCUGAAUUACAACCCUUUUUUAUGACACCUGAGUAUUUUCUUUCCUGAUAGUCAUGAAAAAAAAAUCCCCCCCCCCCCUCAAAAACACAGACAUUCCCAUUUUUUUUUUUCUUCUAGUGUGAGUGUUUUGAAUGUAAAAUGUAUGGCUAAUCUAGUCAGAUAUUGUACUGUGAAAUGGUCUGAGUUUAAAAUCAUGCUUUGGUCAUUCUGUUAUAUGCUGCUGGUUUGCUCUGUUUAGUUUGUUUCGAUAUUAUGCACUAUUAGUAUUGUUCUCAGAUGAAGCCUGCGUGUAAGUGUGCCAGGUGUCUUAAGUGCACUGAUAUAGCAUAUUUUGCUGUAUACUCACUGCCUCCCGUUAUUCGGAACAUGCGCCGCUUGUGGCCACCAGGAGGCGCCGAAGCGCCUCGCUUUCCUGAAGCUGCCUUGACCGAUGCAUGACGUGCAAUGCAUGCGUUCAAAGCCCAAUAUCACGACGGACCUUCCCCCGAAAAAAAAAAAAAAAAACCGCAUGGGGCGGGGACGUGCCAUACGAAGCAAGCGCACAUUUCACGUCGCGAUGCCGUGCUUGUGAAGGAUUUUAGAUUUCAGAGGCGAUCCUUUGUGUCCUCUUUCAAGCCUUACGAAUAGAAAAGUUACAGAGACUCUCCUGAGGAAAACGGCACUCGGACAGAGCGAGGGAGAGCGCGUCUGUGUCGGGGGGAGAAAAGCCCCUCGUUUGGCGGAACUCGGUGAAAAACUCGAUGUCACUUAUCGUGCUUGCUUACUUAUCAAAAAACAAAACAAAAAAAAAACAAACAAAAAAAAACAACAAAAAAAAACACCCACCCACCCCCCCCAAUUCUAGAAGUGGUGGCAUAUUUGUGCCUGUUUUCAUAGACGGCUAAAAUAUUUUGACUAUAAUUCCAAGUCUUGGUUUGCCCAAGUGUCGAGGUUGUGAUUUAUUUCGAAAAGCAAUCGCCAAAGCAGCAAAAGAAAUCGCUUUUAUAUAGAGAUUUGGCAUGUUUUGUGCUGAAUCAUAAAGGGAAAAAAAAAAAAAAUUUGAUGUUCAAUAGAAACAUUGUCUAAGAACCGAGGGCCUUUAACUUAUUAUAGCACCUCCAUAAUUUGCAGUGGCAGAUGCUUAGCUAAGCGAUUCCUUCUAUAGCAGUGUUGCCAGUUGCCACCUUUCAUUUCACUUUAUUUGGCCCUGUACUGUAAGACUUGUCCAAAGCUGUUGGAUCUCUGAGGUGGAACCCAGAAACCUGCCAACUGUAUUAGUUUAAGGUAUAAGAUGCUGUACUGUAUACAAGAGGGCUUUAUUUCUUAGGCCUCAGUUUGUUUACUGUAUUUCAUAUGUAAAUGUUGAUUAAUACAUACUGGAGAGGUUACAGUUUAUCUCUGAUAUUUGCAUUUUAAGCAAAUUGAGCAUUUUCUCUGUGAAGUUAGCAAUAAAUGUUGGAAAAAACAUCCCA